AUGGAGUUUUUGAAAAGUUGGCUGGAUCACAACGAAUGCAGUAGCAAGGUCUGUACGCAGCUUACCUUCUGGAGUCGGGUGCUUCUUAAUCUUUCGCUCAGCACCGCAAUUUCCUGCUCGUUCGUAUUGAUCAUGGUGGUGGUUUAUGAGCGUCUUAACCGCCUGGAAGAUCCACAUAACCUUUCACAGCGAUUCCCGAAGCUGUUACUUUGGAGCUUGACGGUGUUCUCCGCCUGCGGAAUCGGUGUUUUUAUUGUCCGCUUUGACGAGCCUCGCUUUUUCAUGAUCUCCACUAUGCUGCCGGCCGUUGUGACUACGAUCGAAUGCCUGAUUCUAAUCAUGCGCCUAGGCAACAUUCGCGGAUACCAUUUGCAAGAUGAGGACGAGGAUAACUAUUACAGUUUGCAAUGGAUUAUGCGACUUACGAUGUUCUACGUGUUUGCGACGAUAAAGCUG